CAAACCCAAUGAUGUUAGGAGUGUUGCCAUAGUUUACAUCUGUUUUCUUUUCUUGUCAACAGCUGUCAAAAAGCUCUAAAAUGGUACAGCGGUUAACUUUCAGGCGACGUUUGUCGUACAACACCAAGUCCAAUCAAAGGAGAAUAGUAAGAACUCCUGGUGGACGUCUGGUCUAUCAAUAUGUAAAGAAACCCAAGAAGAUCCCUAGAUGUGGUCAGUGCAAGAGCAAACUCCGUGGCAUUGAGCCCGCCAGACCCGCAGAGCGCUCCCGUCUAUGCUAUCGCAAGAAGACAGUCAAGCGUGUAUACGGUGGUGUCCUCUGCCACAAGUGUGUGAAACAACGCAUUGUAAGAGCCUUCCUGAUCGAGGAACAGAAGAUUGUGAAGGUCCUCAAAGCACAGCAAGCCAGUUCAAGGGGUGGCAAGAAGUCCACAAAGUGAAUGUUAGGGUUAAUAAAUAAGUAAAAACAA